AUGGCCGCCAACAUCACCUCCAAACUCGCAACCCUCAAUCCUUUCUCCAAGAAGGCCCCCGAGGAUGAGGAAGAGCUGGGCGAGAAGACGGACAACCACACCCUCGCCGGUGGAGGCCACGCCGCCCGCGACUCCGACCUCAAGCACCGUCUGCGCGUGAGUCGCGCAAUCAAGUCCUUCCUCGCCGACCAGAAGGUCUUGUCCUCCAAAGAAGCCGGCAUCGACUCCGACCAGCCCAGCUCUGCGCUUCAAGCCCUCGUCGACAAGCCUCACAUCAGUGUCCCGCGCGAGCUGACUGACAGGUCCCACCCCCUGCCGGAGUACUUCAUCAGCUCUAGUCACAACACGUAUCUCCUCGCCCAUCAGCUCUAUGGAGGCUCCUCGGCCGAGGCUUACGAAGAGACUCUCCGCGCAGGUGCGCGUUGUGUUGAGAUUGACGCAUGGGACAACCCGGAUAACAAAGACGAGCCCAAGGUCACUCACGGUUACACGCUGGUAUCCAACAUUCCGUUCCGGACAGUGUGCGAGACCAUCCGCGAUGUCGUCGACCAGGAGGCAAGAGAACCAGUUCCGGCCGCCCCCAUUCUUCUUUCCCUCGAGAACCACUGUGAUCCGGAAGGACAACUGCGUCUCGUCCUCAUCAUGAAGGAAGUUUUCGGCGACCGACUAUUGAGCAAGGCAGUACGAGCCAAGGGCCACGCGGAGCAGGACGGCCAGGGCGACCACGUGCGCCUCGAAGAGCUUGGCAACAAGAUCGUUGUCAUCGUUGAGUAUCACUUCCCUGGUGAACCCGACGACAGCAGCUCCAGCUCCGACGACGAAGACGGCGAGGAGAAGAAGAACCACGAAGCCUACAAGGCCAAGAAGAAGGAAGCGUCCAAGACCCUGAUCGUUCCCGAACUUGAAGAGCUCGGCGUCUAUGCCCAGUCAGUCAAGCCUGUUGACAACUCAUGGUACGAGGAGGUCCUCAAGGAAGCCCCUCAUCACCAUCUCAUCAACGUCUCGGAAUCUGGCCUCGCCUCCCACAUGCCUGGUGCCAGCGACAAGAUUGCCCGCCACAACGCCCACCACCUCAUGCGUGUCUUCCCUAAAGGCACCCGUAUCUCCUCCAAGAAUCUCCAUCCUGCACCAUUCUGGGGUAUUGGUGCCCAGAUCUGCGCCCUCAACUGGCAGACUUUCGGCGCUUCUAUGCAAUUGAAUGAGGCUCUUUUCAGCGGUUCGGAGGGCUUUAUCCUUAAGCCCGCCGCUCUUCGGCCCGGCGGCUCUGGUCAUCUCGACUCGGGAGGAAAGAAGAAGCUUCGCCUGCACGUCGGAGGCGCCACAGACGUCCCUGUCCCCUCCGGUCGAGACGACGACGAGCCCAUCAAGCCCUACUUGACAUGUACCCUGGUCCACCCGCAUGACCUCAACAUCGACCCACCUAAGCGCAAGACUGCAGGAUACAGGCAGCACAAGCUUACUGGUUUCCUGCACAAGGGGGAGAACCCUCCACCGACAGAACCAUUAUGGAACGAAGUGCUGGAGUGGGAUUACCAAGACAACGAGAUGGUGUUCCUGCGGAUGCUCAUCAAGAGCGACGACAGUUUCGCGAGAAACCCGAUGCUGGCCGUCGGCGCUGUGCGGCUGAUGUACACGAUACCCGGCUGGGUCUUCAUUCGCAUGCUCGAUCUGAAGGGUAGGGAGACCAAGUGCUCCAUACUCGUCAAGUUCGAAGUUGUCGAUGCAUAA